GUUUUCAACCACAUGGAUAGUUCAAUGUGCUCAUUAACGCCUGAUCCUGAGAUGUGGAUAAUUCCUUCUCCUAUCUGAACCGGGGAUUGAAACCAAACCUCUCCUCAGGAGGAUGGAUGAGGCGAUUCAGGUGUGAUCUAAUGUGGAUCCAACUAUCUUUUCACUCAACUCACUUAAAUUGGGAAAAGAAAAGAAAAAAAAAUUACUGUACAAAUUGCAUCAGCGCCCAUGACAGUUGUCCUACGCACUACACCUCUGAUCCACCAGCAAAACAAUUGGCGGUGAUUACAAUAGAACAAAAACUCUGGCCAUCAUCUAGAUCCCACGGCGGACUCGCAUGUCGGCCACUUCGCCACGUAAUCCAACGACUCAGAUCACACACAUCCCCUACACUCGACCACACGUACACAGCCCCUUCCCUCCCAACGGACCCAAACGUGGCUAACGUGCGCCGUUUCGUAGCUUAAACGAUUAAUCUCGAAUCUCUCGAAUCCAAGCUUAUUGCACAUGGUGCGCAGUGCACGCCCGGAGCAAUCUAACCGCCGCACGCCACUCGCCGCGCGUCGCUGACCGUCCGAUAUAACCCGGUCCGGCCCGCAAAGAUGGACAGGUUCAAUCUCCAGAGGCGGGUCAAGAUGAACGAAUCCAAGUACGCCUUCGCCGACGAAGAGCAAUCCCAAAACGACGACGCACAAGGCACCAGGAUGCGGCCGUCGGCGAGCAACGUCACCGAGGAUCAGGAGCCAUUCAUGGGAGUCAAGGUCCGCCGGAAAGCCUCGUUUCACCGUCAGUUCAACGGCGACUACAUCGACGUCCGCUCCAAUCCGUACUUGAUGAAAAUCUUGCGGAAACAAGAUUGUGUUGUAAUGCUUUUUCUAGGUGACAAGGAAGUUUUGUUUGCUGAUAAGGUGUUGAAAUUUACUAGUACUGGAAAAAUGAAGCGGCGGAUUUUGAUGAUCACUGACUUUGCUAUCUACAUUGUUGAUCCUGAGGCCGAUGCGCUGAAGCGGAGGAUAGCUCUUGCGGCUGUGGAGAAAAUGUGCUUGAGUGAGUUGAGUGAUAAUUUUUUCGCAGUGAUUAUUCCCACAGAGUAUGAUUUGCUCAUGGCUAGUACUCGCAAGACGGAGAUCGUUACUGUCUUGGUUGAGGCUACUAAGAGUGCUUCUGAUUACGAGCUUGAAGUUUGUUUCGGUAACAGUUUUGAGUAUAAUGCAGAUGCAGAGUUAGUGAAGGAGGUUCAGUUUGAAGAAGUUGAAGGAGGUGUUAAAACAAGAAUCCUGAGGAAGUAAUUGCAGGGCCAGCAAAGGUUGUAGGUUCUUAGACUCUGCUGGGUAUCAGUUCUGAGCCUUGUAAAGAUGAAAUCAUUCUUUAUCUAUUGCAUGCCAAGGUUCUGCUCAGCAUCAAGUCCAACCUCAAAGGAACUAUUGUCGUUUGUUCUCAUUUGUGUGUGAUUCUUAUACCAAGAAAGGUACAUGUAAUUGUUUCAGACUUUUAGCCAGUUUGAUCUGGAUGUGUGAAAUCAUUGAUAUGUCACUAAAGAUAAAUAUUAUUCAGAAUUGAGCAAAGAUUGUUUGCAAUUGCAGA